UCAGCUCUGGGUGAGCCGGAUGUGAAAGAUCAGGGACGGAAGUGCCAUUCAACAUGGCGGCGCUGAGAACUUUCUCUGUUCAGACGGAAUUGAUCAUGAACGCAGCGGUAGAUGCAGCUGUGUCUGCUCUGCAACAGAAACUCGGUGAGAUGAACCCUGACUGUGGAGAACAAACCGAGAUGCUUCUGAGGGACAUUCUGUCCAUCAUGUCCAGAGAAGCUACUCGUAAAAUUGUACAAGUUUUCGCUGAGCUGUACAUGUGUGCGGAGAAGGAAACUGAGUCUCUCAAGGAAAAUGUCAAACAUCCUCUCAUGGAGGAGAAGAAACAGGGAAAUCAGAAGAAAACAGAGAUCAAACCAACAGACAGUGUUUCUCUGAUAUUGGACGUCAGCCAUCCCACUACUGAGCCCACUACUCUAAACUCAAGCAACCAGCAAGAACUGCUCAUCAUUACGAGCCAGAUCCCCACUCGGCCAAUCACAGAGAAGAUUCAACCUUACCCAGGACCAGAUUCAAAUCCUGGUUCAUGCCCCGAUCUGGAUAAGACACACAGUGGCAUGGAUUCAGAACCGAUGCAGUGCUCCUCUGAUAUGACAUUUCCUGUGGUUAAUGAUCAGCCAACCAUUGAGCUCAGCGAGGAACCUCCCAUUAAGGCCAUGCCCACCGCUCAUAAGAAGCAAGCUGUAGCAAAUAAAAAAACAGAAACAAUCAAAGGGAAAAAUAGAAAUCUUCAUCUGCAAGGUAUAAGUGUGGCGGAGCAGAGAGAGCAACAAAAGGAACAAGAGCGGCAACGGAGACGGGAGCUUUACAAAGACAAGCGCUUUUUCUGUGAGCUCUGCAACAAAGGUUUUCAUCAGAAGCACCAGCUCAACAAACACGUGUCGUCUCAUCAGAAGCCGUUUCCCUGCAGCUUCUGUGACAAAGGUUUCUACAAAGCCACAACACUACAAAAACAUGAACUGUGCCACCAGCUGAGAGCAGCUCAGGAGAAUGACCCAGACAAGCUGCUUCACUGUGACCAGUGUGACAAGACCUUCAAAGUGUUGCGCCAACUACGAGUGCAUCAGGUGACUCACCGUUUGGAGAAGACGCCACUCAAAUGCCAGACCUGUGACCGCACCUUUACUUCUUCUAGUGCCCUCCGCUACCAUGAGGUUUCACAUGCUGAAGUCAAGCCCUACUCAUGCAGUGUUUGUUCAAAGAGUUUUACAAGAAAGAAAAGCCUCCGCGAGCACCAGACAGUCCACACAGGUGCCCGGCCGUAUCGGUGCCAGACCUGUGGUAAGACCUUCUCCACCGCAAGCAACCUGCGUGUUCAUAAAAGGUCGCACUCAGACGAAAGGCCAUUCAAAUGCAGCCAGUGUGACAAGGCGUUCAAGUGUCGGAUGGGUCUUUUGCAGCACCGCGUAGUACAUACUGGGGAAAAACCUUUCAUGUGUCAGACCUGCGGUCUUAGGUUUGGCCUCAAGUACAAUCUGCAGAGACACCUGAGGCUGCACAGUGGAGAGAAACCAUGCAGGUGUGAGAAGUGUGGUGAGUGCUUCAAGGGCACGUGGGCACUGAAGGUCCACAUGCUGGUUCAUGGUGUGGAGAAGCCAUUCAUGUGCGAUCUGUGCGGUAAAACAUUUUUCUACAACUGUCAGCUACAGAAACACCAGAGAAUUGUUCACUUUGCCAGCAGCAAAGAGCGAGGCGGGGGAAAGGACAUGCAGCAGGUCAGACGCAGGCCCCCCUGGGACAAACCUUACAGCUGUAAAACGUGUAUGAAGCGCUUCAGCAGCAGCUCCACACUGCGUACACAUGAGAAGAGCCACGCUGAGGACAAAGAGUUCAGCUGCGAAACUUGCGGGAAGACUUUUCAUCUGAGACACAUGUACAUGUACCACAUGAGGCAGCACAGUGGAGACCGACCGUACGUUUGUGGCACCUGUCACAAAGGCUUCAUGCUGGCAUCGCAGCUGAAACAGCAUCAGCUGCUACACACUGGUGUCAAACCACACCAGUGUGCUCAAUGUGGCAAAGAGUUUAGGACGCCACAGAAUUACCAGCGCCACCUGCUGGUGCACACAGGAGUAAAACCCUACCAGUGCGAAGUGUGCAGCCGUAGGUUCCGUCAGUCCAACCAGCUCAAAUCUCAUAUGCAGAUCCACACAGGUGUGAAACUGUACACCUGUGAGCGAUGUGGUCGUGGUUUUGCUGACUCUCGCCCACUUAAGAAACAUCGAUGUGGAGAUGAUGACCCAAACUCGCACCAAAAACCAAGUGAUGGGAUCACAUGGACACAGGAGUUCCCUAACCAAUAAAUGUGACCAGAAUGUUUCUUUACACUAAAUCAAUAUGGUUUUACAAAACACAGUCAUUUUGUGAAAAUUGUUUGUCUAGUUUGUGGAUAUUUUUUACAUCAGUUUAUUUUUUGUAAAGGUAAUCCUUAACCCCACAAUUAAAAAUAUAUUUGAGAAUG